AUGAUCACUGCUCAAGGGAAAACAGACCUAAAUCAAAACACUGGCAUUUCGUUGCAGAAUUGUACCACUGUGGCUGCACCAGAUUUCAACAAGACCGAGAGGCAAAAUUUCACAACUUUUUUGGGUAGGCCUUGGAGAAACUAUUCAAGGACUAUAGUCAUGAAGAGCUACUUGGGGGACAUGAUAAAUCCACAAGAGUGGUCAAAGUGGGAUGACUAUAGAACUGUGGAAACUGUGGAGUAUAUAGAGUACUUGAAUUUUCGACCUGGAUCAGAUACAAGGCACAUGGUCAAAUGGGGAGGCUAUAAAAAGAAUUGCAGUGAAGAGAUUGUGAUGCAGUUUACAGUUGGUUUGUUCUUACCUGGAGCAGGUCAUUGGCUAAAGACAACAUGCAUUCCACUUUCUUAUGGUUCAUAA